UUAAUUUUAAUUAAUUUUGUUUUGUAUUAAUUGUUUUGGUCUUUUAGAGAAUACAUACCUUAAUGUGAAUUAAAAUGGGUCGCAGAAAGUCUUCGGUGUGGACAUAUUUUGAAAAAAAAACUGAUACAUCUGCAGUAUGCUUACUGUGUAAAAAGGUUUAUCAAUCAAAAAAUAAUACCUCAAAUCUACAUGAACAUUUAAACAGAAAACAUAUGACUGUCUUGCAAGCAGCCCAAUUGAUAGAACAGGUGGAAAACUUUCGUGUUGAUGACCCAGAUUCAGAACCAAGGAAGAAACUUUGCACCUCAAAUGCAAGCCAACAAAACCUGUCUGUUGACAACCCUGGAAUUUCAAGUUCUUCAGUUUCAGUUACUGCAUCUUCAUCAGAAACUGGAGCAUUGCCACAGUUUCCUGCAAGCGGAAAUGCUUUAAGCAAUAGCCGUAUUAACACCUUAGUGCCACGACAACUAACUCUGCACAGCAGCUACAGAUUAAAAGAACUGCCUGAAAUGCAAAAGAAAAAGUUGGAUAACAUGGUCGCUGCUUUGGUUUAUAAAGAUCUACAAACGUUAUCUAUCGUAGAAGAUGAAGGGUUUAAGUUGUUUAUAAGGGAAUUAGAGCCAAGAUAUAGUUUACCUACUCGAAGAACAUUAACGAGGAAAAUCAUUCCAGAAUUGUACACAUUGGCAAGACAGCAGUUGCAAAAUAAGCUUAAUGAUGUUGAGUAUGUAGCCAUAACCACUGAUGUUUGGACAUCAUUAAAUACACAAUCAUUCAUGACCGUAACAGUUCAUUUUGUAGCUAACAAUGAAAUGCAGUCAGCUGUUCUUGAGACAAAAGUGCUGGUAGAAAACCACACUGCUCUUUACCUAAGCAGUGUUUUGAAAAGUUUAUUGACUGAGUGGAAUUUGAUCAACAAAAUAACAGCUGUAAUAACUGAUGGCGGCCCUAAUAUCAAAGCUGCAGUAAAAAUUGUUGGACUAGCGCAACACCCUUGUUGUGCACACAUGUUGAAUUUAGUCGUUAAUGAUGCCAUCAACAAAAAUGAAGAUUUAAAGCAAAUUUUGUGUGCAUGCAGAGCUUUAGUUGGACAUUUCAAGUCAAGUGUAGUGGCAGCAGACAAACUCAGAGCUAUCCAAAAUCAGCUACAGAUGACACAACUGAAAAUGAAGCAAGAUGUACAGACCAGAUGGAAUUCCACUUAUAUAAUGCUAGAAAGACUUACAGAGCUUAAAGAACCACUUUCAGCUGUCCUUGCUUCCUUACCUACAGCACCAAGUGCUCUCUUAGUAGACCAAUGGCAAGUAAUAGAAGACUGUGUACCUGUUCUUAAAAUAUUCAACCUUUUAACAAUUGAGUUUUCUGCAGAAAAGUACCCAACCAUAUCAAAAGUUAUUCCCUUGGUGAGAGGUGUCCAAAUGAAACUACAAACAGUAAGCAUGAAAACUGCAGUUGGAUGCGAACUAAAACGUAAUUUGUUGGAAGGUCUCUCCAGCAGAUUUAGCCAGUUUGAAAAAGGCAAAAUAUCAUCCAUUGCUACAUUUGUUGAUCCACGAUUCAAAAAGAUGGGUUUCAGAAAUGAUGCUAAUGCAGCCUGUGCUCAAGAACUGGUAAUGAAAGAAGUUCAGAAUCUGUGUACGAGAAGUGCUCCACAGCAUGUGUCUGAAAUCGAGCCCAGUUGCACCAACAUCAGUGCAGAAAGUGAUGACUUAUGGGAGUUUUUUGACUCAAAAGUGUGCAAUUUGAAACGUAAUUCGAAUCCAGGAAGUGAUGCAACAAUUACUGUUCGACAGUAUAUUGAAUCCCCAUAUCAGGAUCGAAAACUAUGUCCGCUUUCAUACUGGAAAAAACACAAAAACUCAAUGCCACAUAUGUACCAAAUCGCACACAAGCCAGCCUCAUCAGUACCAUCUGAAAGAGUAUUUUCCAAGGCAGGGCAGAUAAUGAGUGAGCGAAGGAACAGAAUUAAACCAAAAAAUAUGGACAUCCUUAUUUUUUUAAAUGGACAGUAAAAAGUGAAUUGUUAAAAAAUUGAAAUCUCACUGAUGUCCUUCAAAAAACAACUAAUUUCAGUUUUUGGGUUAUUUAUGUAAUUAUGGUAUUGAUAAGAAUGUUGUAAAUACAUUUAUUAUAUAGAGUGCAUGUAUUAAACAAAUUAAAUUUAAGUAUUUUGCAAUGUAAAAGGCAAAUGCAAUCUUUUUGCAAAGCUUGCCUUUAUAAUUAAUUUAUGAAUAUUCUGAGGCAUCAGUUUAUGUAUUUGAAAUUCCCCAAUUAGAUGCUAUCCACAACAUGCAGUUAAUUAUUGUGUACAUACAUGAAACAUGUUUAAAAAUUACAUACACAUAAACUGUACUACUAAAAUGAUAUAUUACCAAGAGAACAAAAAAAAAUUUGUGGUAAAAUUCUUAAGUAGUGGCUUUUCCAAUAAUUAAUAAUAAAAUUCAGAAAUAUAUUUAAUUUUUCAAAAACUAGAGACAUUCCUGUAUUUACAAAAGAAAAAAAAAAAAAAACAUAUUUUUAUUCUUGCUGGUUUCUGAGAAAUAAAAUGUAUAGCUUACAUUACAAAAUCUGUGCAUUGAAACUGCAGCUGUGUGUUAAGUUUUGGAGAACGUAAGUCAAAUUGUGAGAAUGGUCGAUUAGUUUACGUUAGCUACCUUAAAAAUACUUAAAAAUCUUUGUGGACAGUUGGUUAGGUUAGUAUCCCUACACUCAAUAUACAGAAAAAAAAAAUUAUGGUUGCUUAGACAUUACCAAUUUAAGAUGUAGCUAUCCUGACCUAACCAACAGUUCUUACGAUUUACAGUAUUGUUACUGUAGCUAUACUAAUCCAACAAAACCAUCCACAAUAUUUUUAAUUAUUUUUAAUGGAUCUAACCUAAUCUAAACGACCAUUCUCACUAUGUAACAAACCUUUAAUAUUUAUACUGAACAUGCACAAAUAUGGCUUCAGAAUGGAAGGUUGUGAAUGUUAGGUUUGCCGAUCCAGUGAUUCUCCAUGUAAAAAAAAUUGCGAUGGCUGUGUCAAUGCAUAGGUAUUACAAUGUAAUCUAUAAAUUGUUUUUUCUCAGAAACCAGUAGGUAUAUAAAGAUGAUUUUUUUCUGCAUAAAUACAAGAACAUCUAUAGUUUUCAAAAAGUUUUUCCCCCCCCCCGCAAUUUAUCAUUAAUUUUCGGA